AUUCUUACGCGUCGCAUCCCCAAUUGCCCCGGCGCAUCCAGUCUGCCCGCCCGCGCACAUAGCCCAGCCGACUGAGAAGCAGGCAGCGACGUCACCAUGUCUGGCGCAGGCCCGUCUCUCUUCCCCGGAGAGGUUCCUGCCUGGUCCGUCUUCAAGUUUCCCCCAGAUGUCGCGCCGCCGCCCAUGACGAAUCCGUACAGCGGCGAACCGACGCUCGCGAACCCCUUCCAGAUCCCGCAAGAUCUCUUCGAGAAGGCGCUGCACCCCAAGGUCCCGCUGACCAUCGCCGCCGUCUACGCCGUCACCGUCACCUACCUCAACUGGUACAAUCGCCAGCACGGCAACAAGCCGUGGCGGAUCGCUAGCCACGGCUGGUUCAAGGCAUUCGUCAUCGCGCACAAUGUCUUUCUCGCCGUCUACUCCGCCGUCACGUGCGUCGCCAUGUUCAGCGGCCUGAAGUCUUCGUUCCCCAACUGGCGCGAGCCGCACUCCAUCGUCGGCACUGUCGAUGCGCUCUGCAAGAUCCACGGCCCUCGAGGCCUUGGAGACGCCGUCACAUACAACGCGGAUACGAACACAUGGGGCAGCAGGAACACCAACAUCCACGUGGGUGCAAACGGUCUCCCCGACACCACCGACGUUGGCAGGAUGUGGAACGAGGGUCUCGCUUUCUGGGGAUGGUUUUUCUACCUCUCUAAGUUCUACGAAGUCCUCGACACUGCCAUCAUUCUGGCCAAGGGAAAGCGUAGCACGACUCUCCAGAAAUACCAUCAUGCCGGUGCUAUGCUGUCCAUGUGGGCUGGCAUGCGCUACAUGUCUCCGCCUAUCUGGAUGUUCGUUCAGAUCAACUCUGGAAUCCACGCCAUGAUGUACACAUACUACACUCUGUCCGCCCUCGGCUACCGCGUGCCCAACUUCGUCAAGCGCACCCUCACCACAAUGCAGAUAACCCAGUUUCUCGUUGGCGCCAGCUUCGCUGCUCUUCAUCUCUUCGUCUCGUACACCGUCCCGGUUUCCGUCGCACACAAGAUUGCUGAGCAGGUCACCUCCAGUGUGCAGCCUUCCUCGAUCGCGUCUACUGUCUCUUCUGCCGUUUCAUCGGUGACCGAAUCAGCUAGCGCUGCCUUGCCAGCUGCAACUGGCCCGGCUCUCGCUUUCCUGUGGAAGCUCAUCUACCGCGCAGCUGGCGACGAGGGACUUGCGGAGAAUAUUCCUGUACCAGGCUCGUCCAUCAUCCCUGCCCAUCAAUCGCACCUCCCUACUGCGGUCGCUGCACACGAGAACCCUGUUCAGCGCCUCCUCCACACCAUCCAUACCGUGGACAGGGUUGUCUACCGCACCGAGUACCAGCACGUUCCCUGUGUUGACACCUCUGGUCAGGCUUUCGCCAUCUACCUCAACCUGAUUUACCUCGCCCCUCUCACUGGUCUUUUUAUGCGCUUCUUCGUCAAAUCCUACUUUCGCCGCACGAAUCCCAAGACUAAGCAUCAGUCCAAGCACACACCCAUCUCGAAGGCUGCUGGUGACGCUAUGCACGGUGUGGAGCGUGAGAUUGAGUCUAUUAGCGAGGAGGGCAGGGAUAGCAGUGCCAAGAACGGCUCCGUCCGUGGACGUAAGGGCGUCAACGGUGACGCUAAGAACUUUCGUUCGAGUCUAAGCCCAUCGAACCAAGAAUCCGUCCGAAACAUUGAGCGAAAGGCCAACGAGCUCCUGCAAGAAGGCGCUAACAGCGUCGGAAAUGCAACCGAAAAGGCGAAGGAGAUUGCGAAGGAUGCUUUAAACAAGGCCAACGAGGUCAAGAACAAAGCGCAGCAGCAAGCCAAGGAGACGAAUGAUAAGCUGGAGAAAAAGGCACAGCAGAACGCCGAUGAAGUGAACGCUGAGCGCGAACAGGGUGAGAACGAUGUCGCCAGCACACCAGCCGACACACCUUCCAAGAAAAAGAGGAACAGGAAUAAGAACAAGAACAAGCAGGCUCAAAGCGUAGAAAGUCUGAACGAUUUCUCCGAUGACGAGCAUCCUGAGCGUAAGACAGAGAAGGAGCCUGAGCCAAAGGAUCUCAAUAACACCCUCGACAAGAAUGAGGGCAAGGGUGUGUUCUAGGCAUACUACCUGAUGCCCUGAAGCCAAGGCAAGACAGAAAUACAACCCAGACAGGGUGAAUUUGCUUCGAGAGGUGUGUUAAUGAGGCUUAUACCAUUUCCUUCUUUCGAAUAGACCGAUAUGCAAGGCGUUUGUGCUGCAUAGAGGUGCGUCAAUGCGAAUUUUCUCAGGACU